UAUGAUCCAACGUCGCAGUGAUGUGUUUAAGUGCCUUCUUGAAUAAGUCGGAAUUUUCAGGUUCACAGUCCCGUACCCGAGUACGCGGAAACAAAUCUCCGAGAAUACGUUUGUUCUUUGUAGAAGUAACAUGACAAGAUUUAACACAUAUAAAAACACUCUCUCAAAAUACUCUAAAUACCCUUCUACUCUAGUUAGUAUCUGCAUUAAAAUUACUUGACAGCAAAAUGAAAAUAAACAAAAAUGAAAUGUCACCGUAUACAUGGUACCGUGAAAGAGUCUUGAGCCACUUCUCAGUUUUCUGGUUAAAUAUUUCUGCUUGAGAAAUGGGAAAAAUAUUGACUUACUGACAGCUCUAAAGAGAUCGAAAGUCAAUAUUUGGCGUGACCAACAGGGCCUGAAUUCUCUUUGCUGGGUGGAGACUUCUGAGGAGACCAGUAUGUCUUACUCACACUUCCCUGUGAGCACAGACAGGUCCAGAGGACGAGAGACCAACACUGACAGAACUCAAAGCAGCCGCUCAUUCAGGAACAAAAGGUUGGAAGAGGCUCUGUCUGACUACAUCUGGGCACAGAAACAUAUGCGAGAGAACGUAGUGAUCGACUACAAACAGCUGGGACUGAGAUUUAAACUGUACAGCUGGCAGGUGUUAUACAAUGCAGCAGCUGUGUAUUGUCAGAUGGGCCAGUGGGAGCAGGCCAGGGACGUCCUGCUGUCAGCCUCCCAGGAGAAAGGACCAGGACGAGGGGGGAGCAUGGAGGCAGCUUUGGAGAGCAUCAGGAGUAAGCAGGCCCUGGAUCCUCUCCUGGUACCUGAGGGUGUGGUGUUUCGUCCCAGGAAACAGGAUGUGGAGCAGCUGCAGCAAAGAGACUUCUUGGGAAAAGCAACGGUGAUUUCCUCCAUGAUACCCAAUGAUGAUUUUGGAGGCUUUGAGCCUUUGAGGCAGCAGAAACCUGGCUUCUAUGAGCCGAAUGUGGAUGGAGCUCAGGAUUCUCGAUACAUGCAAGUGCGUGUCCCUUACAUGGCACGAGGACCAGGACAGCUGACGGUGCCUGGAGGUGCGACGGUGUUUUUAUUUGGAGAGGAGAACAGAGAUGGGAUGGCCACUGUCAUAUAUGAUGGACAGAGAGGACUUCUGCCAGCAUCCCUUCUUGAACCAGCAGAUGUCAAGACGUCCAAAGGCAAAAAGGACACUAGAAUUUCCAGUGGGAUUCCCCUCCCACCAGGACUCAAGCCACCCACUCGCCCACAGUCUCAGCAUAGUCCUGCAGCUCCUCCUCAGGGACAUCUUACCUCAGACACACCUCCUCCAUCUUACAUUACUGCCACCCACUCUGAGACUCCCAAAUGCACAGCCAAAGCACGAGAGCAGCAUGCCAGCUCAGCUCAGAGAGCAGAGGCAGACUCUGUGGUGGUGAAGGUUCACUACAUUUACACUGUGGCUCUGUCUGUCCCUCUGGACACGACAUACAGUGAACUUAAGGAACGAGUCGCAGAGAAAUUGGACCAGCCGGCAUCUCAUCUGCGCCUCAGACGUAAGCACCACGGCUCCUGCGUGCUGACACCUCUGGACGGGGAAAUCGAGUCAGCUCACACUGUGCAACAGUUGGCUGAGGCCGGCAGAGCUACCCUGUGGUGCCAGAAAGAAGAUCCCCUGGCCGGCCGUACUAUCCUCUACCAGAUGGUGGCCCUUUAUGAUUAUGAUGCUCAGGGGCCCGAAGACCUGGAGUUCAGUGAAGGUGACACUAUUGACAUCCUCGGUGAAGUUAACCAGGAGUGGCUGGAGGGACACUAUGCAGGAAGUAUUGGGAUUUUCCCCAGCUGCUUCGCCUACAGGGAGAAUAACAAUAUCACUACGAGCUCAGAGAUUUUGUAAUCAAAAGUUCAUUGUUGCAUUAAUUCUUUAAAGCACCUAUUAUUCUAUGAAUUGUAACAGUUUUACAGGCUUGGAACAAGCAAACAGGCACGAGGCUGUUAAGUGCACCAAGUGCUAUCUUCACUAUGCUUUGAAGAUCUUUUUAACAGAAACUUUUGUUUAAGAACAUUAUACAUGAAACAAUCAUAUUGGUGUAUCCAUCAUUACCAUAUAAUCUUUAUUGCAUGUUUGAUAAAUAAUCCUUUGUAUAAUAUUAUUAACGUAUAUACUCUCAAGUGUGAUAUCAGACACUUCCUGGUUCAUGAGCUUCUGUUCCCGAGUCAGUCACGUCUCAGUGUGAAGCCUGUGUCUCCGAGUCUGUCUUUGCAUAUGUGUUGUGUUUCCUGUCCUAUGUCCGUGUAUCCUGCUUUGCUUCCUUUGUCUCGUUAUGUUGGACUAGCCCCAGCUGUGGCUCCUUCCUGUUUCCCAUUACCUUCGCCCUUCGUGUUUGUCUCUGUUAGUUGUCGUGUCGUACCCUCGCAAUGCUGUGGUUCGUCCUCUGUGCUCCAAGUAACUCUAAUUCUCAGGUCCUGGUUUAUUUUCUAGUGUUGUAGUGAGUUUUCUGUUUCUAGUUUUGUUUUAUACUGAUAAUAGUGACUUCAGCAAUAAAGCUGCUGCUUUCAGUUAAA